GUGGCUUCCUCUCUCUUCGUUUUCAUCAUUCUCGGCGCCCUUCCCCCCAAUAGCUCAUCAUUACCGGUUCGUAUAAUCUUAUCUGUAGGCUUCUUCCAAUCCACGCUCCCUUUGACUUUGAAUCUGGUCAACCUUACGCCAACUAGUGCACUACUCGUGCCUCAGCUUUACUGAGCCCGGCGAGCUAUUUCUCCCCAGGUUCGGCCUAGUCCAUGCUUCAUAUGGUAAGAAUGAGCCUAAUCCUCAUGGAGGUGCCUCCUCCCAUGAUUCGCCAAUCAUCACUCUAUUGCAGAAAUGGUAGUCGAAACAACCACCGGAGUCACUGCUUCCCGAAGAGAUCAUUAUCAGUUUCCGCUUCAGCUAUUGAAUGCUGCUCUGUCCUGAAGAAGACAAAAGGAGAAGAAGUGCGUGUUCGUUUUGCGCCAUCUCCGACUGGAAACCUCCAUGUUGGAGGAGCAAGAACCGCCCUUUUCAAUUACCUAUUUGCCAGGUGAAUAAGUGAGCACCAUAUAUUCGUAUGGAUAAUUCAGUGUAAAUUGUAAUUGAGAUAUUGUGACAGGUCCAAGGGUGGAAAGUUUAUUCUCCGAAUUGAAGAUACUGACUUGGAAAGAUCAACAAAGGAAUCUGAGGAAGCCGUGCUAUCUGAUCUUUCUUGGCUUGGUCUUACCUGGGACGAAGGUCCUGGCAUUGGUGGAAACUAUGGACCAUACAGGCAGUCCGAGAGGAAUGCACUUUACAAGGAGUAUGCUGAAAAACUUUUACAAUCUGGCCAUGUUUAUCGUUGUUUCUGCUCUAAUGAGGAACUGGAGAAAAUGAAAGAGAUUGCAAAAUUGAAGCAGCUACCUCCGGUAUAUACAGGAAAGUGGGCAAGAGCCACAGAGAAGGAAGUGCAAGAGGAGAUGGAAAAGGGGACCCCUUAUACAUAUAGGUUUCGAGUACCUAGUGAAGGGAGGCUGAAAAUUGAUGACCUCAUCCGCGGUGAGGGGGUGGAAGAGGGGUGUAGUGCAAGAAAAUAAAAGAGGCACAUGGCCGGACAUUAUAAUUUUGUUUGUGGCAUCAUGAAGGUUAGUUGGAAUCUGGACACUCUUGGGGAUUUUGUUAUCAUGAGAAGUAAUGGACAACCCGUUUACAAUUUCUGUGUCACUGUUGAUGAUGCUACCAUGGCUAUUUCACACGUCAUAAGAGCAGAAGAACAUUUACCCAACACCCUGAGACAAGCUUUAAUAUAUAAGUCCCUUGGAUUUCCAAUGCCUUCCUUUGCACACGUUUCUUUGAUUCUUGCCCCUGAUAGAAGCAAACUCUCAAAACGACAUGGUGCAACUUCAGUGGGCCAGUUCAAGGAGAUGGGUUAUUUGCCUCGUGCUAUGGUCAAUUACCUUGCAUUGUUGGGAUGGGGUGAUGGCACUGAAAAUGAAUUUUUUACCCUUGAGAAACUGGUUGAAAAAUUCACAAUUGACCGUGUAAAUAAAGGCGGUGCAAUUUUUGACUCCACAAAAUUAAGGUGGAUGAAUGGUCAACAUUUGAGAUAUCUACCAUCAGAAGAGUUAAUAAACAUCAUUGGUAGCCGCUGGAAGGAUACUGGUAUUCUUACAGAAUCAGGGGGGACUUUUGUACAAGAGGCUGUCCUGCUUUUGAAGGAUGGAAUCGACUUGAUAAAUGAUUCGGAGAAAGUUCUUUCAAACUUGCUAUGUUAUCCUUUUUAUGAAACCUUGACAAGUGCUGAUUAUUGGAUGAUGGGCUUCGUGAAGUCGCCGAUAGCUUGCUAGCUGCCUAUUCUAGUGGUGAGCUCUUCGCUGCACUUGAAGAAGGCCAACCCGGUUGGCAAAAGUGGGUAAAGAGCUUUGGUAAAGCACUGAAGCGGAAGGGAAAAUCUCUGUUUAUGCCCCUUAGAGUACUACUAACAGGAAAGCUUCAUGGGCCUGAUAUGGGAUCUGGUAUUGUUUUGCUCUACAAAGCUGGUCAUUCAGGGGCCAUUGCAUCUCAAGUUGGGUUUAUAUCAUUGGAUGAAAGACUUAAAAUGAUCAGAGAAGUUGAUUGGGAAUCCUUUAGCAAAGAUCCCCCUAUCCAUGAGUCUGCUGGAGUUGCCAUUCAUUGACGUCGGCAGUGUCUAUGGGCUUAAAGCCUUCAAGGCAUACCCUAACGACCUAAAGCCACAAGCCCGCAAAUAAACAGUCUAUUUUAACUUUUCUAGUAGUUGAUCUUUUCUCUCAAUUAGAAUAGCACCUUACAAUCUUUAAGAAGAGCAUUCCAGUCCAUGUAAGCUAAAUUCUGGAUUAGGCGUUCCUUUAAUAAUCAGUCCAUACUCCAUAGUGGGGAUGGAUUCAGUUUUAGACGGGUAGAAAUAGAACCAGACACCUAUUUUUUUUGGUUCCGGACCGGAGUUGGUAUCCGGAUCUGGUCCAUUUCUCCAAAGGAUCUUUCCAGUUCCAGUUCCAUUUUUUUCCCGAAAAUACUAAAAACUAGACUGGUGCAGGUUUUAACUAAUUAAGGUUCCGGUUCUCCGCUUUACUCGGAACUGCUCUGCUUCCUUGCCUAUUCCACAGCUUGGUCCUCUUCCCUAAUCCUAUGGAGUAUGGACAUGAGCAAAAUAAACCUUGAAGUUGUGUUUUUUUCUGGUUUUGAAAUUAUGUCUUCCCAGCUUGCAUUUUUGUUGUUGACACUUGACAGUGAUCUCCAG